UGCUUCUUUAUGUCCGCGGUGAAGGGACGGCGACAGAAAAAGGCUACGAUUGGGGGAUUUCAACGCCACUGGCAUUAACACCCCCCGCCGCCGGCUGCGGUGGCAGAAGAGAGUUUCGGAAGUCCUCUCUUCUCUCCGGCAAGUUUUCCUUGCUGGGAAAAAGUCGAGUCUUAGAAAACUCAGAAAGGCGACAAUCUCUGCUCUCCCCCCUCCACCCCCAGGACAGGAUGCUCUGUGGCAAGAAUCCAGGAUCAGGACAUUAGAUGUGAGACUCCCACCCUGGCUCUUGUUCCUUGCUGCCCCAUGUGUUUGCUGGUACUUGCAACAGAAGGAGAGAGAUUGAGAAAGAGAGAUGAUGGAAGAAUAGUCAGCUCAGUAAUAUUGAUCUUCCAGCUUUGCACGCAUUCAGCCAGACAAGUGCAAACACUGUUUUAAUGACCACUGCUAUCCAAAGAGAGAGACUGGGAUUCCCUAUGCUCAUGCAGGCUUACAAGAAACAAAUCGGAUAAGUAACUACAUGAAAACUAUGAAGAGUCACUGUUGAAUAGGACUGGGAAGAACAGUGGAAAUUAGACACUAUUAUCCUGGAAGAAACCCAGAAGUUCCAUGACACACCUGUUUUUUAUUCUUCAUUACAUAGUUUAGAAGGAAGAAGAACAGUGAAAGAAAACAAGCAAUGGGGGGUGCUGGAGUGUGAUUGUUUUUAAGUGACACAGGUACCCUCCAGAUUGAUAUCAACCUUUUCUGAAGAACACAUUGAAUUUCUGUGUCAGGGUUUUAGUCAAGUGGCUAGGAAAUGAGUCUUGGAAAGCUACCAGUGAUCGGCUGGGUAUCUGGCUCACACAGCAAACGUCGCCUCAAAACAGAGCUGACCCCGGACAUGAUCAGCCCACCAUUGGGGGACUUUCGCCAUACUAUGCAUGUGGGACGUGGUGGUGAUGCCUUCGGAGACACUUCCUUCCUUAGGAACCAUGGUGGAGAGGAAGCCAAACCCCACAAUUUCUUUGCUCGGACACUGUGGCACGUGAGGAGGAGCCCACUAAGGAACCGAGGAAGCCGAAACAAGGACCAGGGCUCAUCAGCACCUCCCGCCAUCUCACCCAUCAUCAAGAAUGCUGUGUCGCUGCCUCAGCUCAAUCAGAGUCACUAUGAGAGUGAUGAUCUUGGAAUAGCAUUUCCCUUCAAGAGCCCCCCAACAAGCUUCUCUGACUAUGGACUAGAAUCUGGAUUCUGCACCAUUCCACGUGUUCCCCGGUCUGAGAAGGCUCCCGAGAGCUCCCAGCUUGCUGAGUCAGCAUUGCAGCGUUCAGAUUCCUUGCUGUCAUUCCGCCUGGACCUUGGCCCCUCUCUGAUGAGCGAACUUCUUCAUGUCAUUAGCUUCUCAGGAGGCUGCAGCCCUGACUCCAGGGCAAAGAAAGAAGGUGAAGAAAGUAAACCCCCAAGCAGCAGUGAGCCUAGCUCAUCGCUUCACAUCAAGAGCAACUGGGCAGAGGACUCACUGCCUUGGAAAUCGGAAUCUCAUCAUGGUAACAGUGAAGAAAGCCAAAGCGCGUCAAGCCUUUUGGAUUAUUCUGAGCCUAGAUCACCACUGGGACACUUGGUCUAUGCCAAUGGAGAUUCUCAUUCUAUAGAGUUGUCUGAGGAAGGAUCUCCCUGUCUGAGAAGCAGGAGCUCUAGUUCUGAACUGGGGGCAGUGCCAAAAGAGACCUACUGGCAAAAAGGGCACCACAAUGACUGUAACAUGGAAGCAGGAGAAUUCAACCAUGCUGCCCGUGUAUUAGCAUGCCAUUAUGGGAUGGGAAGCACCUAUCACAGUCCACCUCCACAAGAAGAUCCAAGGAGACAAGCUUCAUGGGAAAGCCCAAAUACCAACUCAUGGCAUGUGAAAGUAGGUGCACCUGAGCAGCAGGAAUAUGCUACUGGAUGGCGACACAGGGGAGGAGGUGAGGAGGAGGAGGAUCACGACAAGUCUGACAGUGAUGAGGAAACCAUUGUUAGAGAGAGACACAGUGAUUCCUUUGAAUAUGUUGAUGAAGAGGAUGAAGAUGAAGUUAAGGUUUAAACAGACAUAUGUGCUCUCUUGUGGCCUCCCACCACCUUCUUAGGAGAUGUCCGAACUAAAGGGAACAACGUAUCGCUACCUGGCAUUCUGGAUGCAUGCAGACUUAAAAGAUUAGCCUUCUUUCCAGAUGAUCUAUGUCAGUGCUUCCUAAACUGGUGUUUUCAGACACUGGGGGUGCAACAUCCAGAAUUCCCACAGAGUGACAGUUCUACCACACUUGCAGAGUGCCAGGGUAGGAAAGGCAGAUGGAGGAAGGGACUCAUGUCUCUACCUUGCUCUCUCCUCCUCCUCCCUGCUUUGUGGGUUUAAAAAAAGAAGAAAAAAGGAACCAUUUAGAGCAAACAAAAAGUACUAGUUGCUCUUUUUUGGCAACUGGCACUUAAAGAUGCUCAUGACUUCACAUCCUCUUUCAUUCCCAUUGGCUGAUUGAUUUCAUCAUGAUAGAUGGUGCCAUGAUUUUUCCAUUCCCUAGAAAUAAAAACAUUAUACUUGAGAACAGAGGCCACUGAGACCUUCCACAUCUCUAUCAAAUGACUGUAGGGGGGAAAUACCAUUUAAAAAAGACCAGUCUAGAAAAGGGAAGAGAAGCUGUACAUCCCAUUGGGACCAAAUCCACCUAACUGCCACAUGCUUCUGCCUUGUGCUGAAGGUAAAGAUCUACUCAGCUGUUCUUCCAGUCCAAGGUACUGACACCAGUUAGGCAGGAUGAUUCCUCUCUUUUUCAAGGAACACAAAAUUUGGAUCUGAAACCAGUUCAUUAGCACACUGUCCAUUUCUCCUGCACCAAAACUCUGAUUGGGAUAGGACUGUUUCUUGUUUAUUUUACAUCCUCAGAAGGAAAUGUAAUCCUAGACUUCCAAUGAGAUUAUUCCAGGGGAACCUGUAUGUCAAGCUUGUUUUAUUUGCUUCCAGAGAGCACACAGGAAUUCAGUUUAUGUUAAGGAUCUAGUUUACUGACAUGUAAGGCUGAGAUAUAACUUUUUCCAUCCUGCAUCUCCUAAUUCAGGCAUUGGUAAUGCAAAGCCCUAAAUAACAGUUUGACCCUAGCACUUAUAGCUUUGCAUGGCUACUGCAGCAGCUUAUCCACAGAUUGCUUGUUCAGGAAGAAAAGGAAGGGAAAUAAUUUCUCAAGAUAAAACCAGAGAUUCUGAAAUAGGCCUGCCUUUCGUGCUUCCUUAUUCCUAAAAAAAAAAAAAAAAA